CUCUCUCUCUAUUUUUCUUCUCUCGUCUCUCUGCUUCGUCUCUCAUUUUCUCCUUCGUCUCUCUCUGUAUUGCCAUGGAUGAUAACCCGAACUCCACUCUUUCCAUUCUUGGUGGCAUAAAUUUUGAUCCAGAAGAAGAAGAUGAUGGGUUACUUAAGGAUCCUCCUCCCAUUCAAAGGCCAAUUGUCUCUGUUGUGUCGGAUUCUUCUUCCGCCAUUAAUGAAGCCAACAAGAAAACAGAUUCUCCAUCUUCAAGAAACGGUGAAAGUAGUGAAACAGGAGAGUUAAAAACAGUAGCUGAAGAAGACGACCAUAAUGAUGGAUAUGAUCCCAAGGUUGAUAGGGGAAAGAGAAAGCUUAUGGGUGAAGAAGAAACAAGCAACUCAAGAAAGAAGAUGGCAUUUUCAAACAUAGUUUCUGGAAUGCAGUAUCAAGCUUCUGCAGAGGAAUCAAGACACUUGCAGCAAUAUCUGGGUGGUCCUAGUUCAGCAGCUCCAGUGCAGCGGCUUAAUGCUCGACAAGAAGGAACGUUUUCUCAAGCUUAUGAUGACCAGCAUAGACCAUGGCUUAAUCCGAGGAGAUACAAUCACUGUGAUAGGGCACAAAGAUCGAUCUCUUCCACAGCUCCAGUGCUGCAGCCAGUACCAAUAUAUCAGCCUUCACAUCACAAUCAGAAUCCAAGGCUUAAUCAGAUUGUUAGGAGUGGUCCAACGAUGAACCUGCAGCAGCAACUCAGAGGACCAAACCAUGGAUCAACAUCGUCUACAAGUGAUGGAAACAAUUUCAGGGAACCUAUUGGUAUGGAGCGACAACGUUUUCUAGAUGCAGCACCUCGGAACACAUAUCAGCAGCUUUCAGUGGCUAACCAGAUUCGAGGGCCUGCAUUAGUACAUCGCAACUAUGAACCAUGGAGUCUUCAGAACACAUAUCCUCAGCAUCCUAGUUCAGCAGCUCCAGUGCAGCGGCUUAAUGCUCGACAAGAAGGAACGUUUUCUCAAGCUUAUGAUGACCAGCAUAGACCAUGGCUUAAUCCGAGGAGAUACAAUCACUGUGAUAGGGCACAAAGAUCGAUCUCUUCCACAGCUCCAGUGCUGCAGCCAGUACCAAUAUAUCAGCCUUCACAUCACAAUCAGAAUCCAAGGCUUAAUCAGAUUGUUAGGAGUGGUCCAACGAUGAACCUGCAGCAGCAACUCAGAGGACCAAACCAUGGAUCAACAUCGUCUACAAGUGAUGGAAACAAUUUCAGGGAACCUAUUGGUAUGGAGCGACAACGUUUUCUAGAUGCAGCACCUCGGAACACAUAUCAGCAGCUUUCAGUGGCUAACCAGAUUCGAGGGCCUGCAUUAGAACAUCACAACUAUGAACCAUGGAGUCUUCAGAACACAUAUCCUCAGCAUCCAUCAGCUAACCAGAUGACCAAUCCAAUGCCAGGGCAAAUGAGGCAAAUGCAGCAUUCGAUGAUGUACCCGUAUCAGCAUCCAGUGGCUAACCCGCAGAACUUAUAUCAACAUCAAAUGGCUAACACCGAAGCUGAGCAGAAUCAAAUUCAACAAAUGCUGCAACUUCCGUCUCAAACGCAACAGCCAACGCAGUCUCAAGGUUUUAACGCUGGACCAUCUUCUGAACAAGGUCAAGAUCAGCAGCAGCCUAGGUAA